UUUUUUUUUUUAUCGCGAGUAGGAUUGGCGUUUUCCAUAUGACACACCGAAAUGACAAUUUAGUCUGUUAUUUAAGGAGAUUUGCAUGAGUUUUUCGUGUAUUUUGCUAUUUCAGGAGAAUUCCAGGAACCCUUAAAUAAUAAGUUAAAAAUGGUUUAAUUUAAUAAUUCACACUUAGAAUUCGCGCGGGGCCUAUGAAGUGCGGGCCCACUGCGGCCGCAUAGGUUGCAGUGGCCUAAGACCGGCCCUGCCUCUAGUGACACCGUUGACCUACGGUUUGUGAUGGCAGAAAUAGAGAAAAUGUCCGAACUAAUGGGAGACAAUGCUAGUCAGGAACAAGAAGACAAAAGGACCAAAUUCGGUACAAGAUUUCUUACAGAUCCUAACAGUGUUUUUAAACAGAAUGCUUGGGAUAAUGUUGAAUGGGAUGAAGAGCAAGAGACCGCUGCUAAAAAGAUUGCAAUGAAGCAUGCAGACCAUAAAGCAUCUCAAGAUAAACUAGCUGAGCUAGAAAGAGAUGCAGUGAAACACUGGGAUGAGUUCUACUCUGUACAUAACAAUCACUUCUUCAAAGACAGACAGUGGCUGUUCACAGAGUUUCAUGAGCUUCAUGGAGCAGCUCAAGAAUGUUCUAGUGACAUGAACUUACAACAAAACAUUUCUUGUACUCAAACAAAGCUUGAAGAACAGAAUGCUGAGCAGAAUGUUUUGUCGGACUCCACUUUCAAAUUAUUAGAGGUUGGAUGUGGUGUUGGAAAUACAGUUUUUCCCAUUUUAAAGACUAACAAAAAUCCCAAUCUGAAAGUGUAUUGCUGUGAUUUUUCUUCCACUGCUGUUUAUAUAGUGAAGUCUCAUCCAGAUUACGACACAAAGAGAUGUCAUGCUUUUGUCUAUGAUAUAACAGAUGAACAAGCUGCUGUUCCGAUUGAGAAAGAAAGUUUAGAUGUUAUUAUUAUGAUCUUUGUAUUAUCUGCUAUUUCUCCAGACAAAAUGUCUGAGGCCAUCAAAAGGUUAGCUUGUUAUCUAAAACCUGGUGGAAUGUUUUUGUUUCGAGACUAUGGACGUUAUGACAUGGCACAACUUCGAUUUAAAGAAAAUCGGUGCCUAUCUGAAAAUUUUUAUGUCAGAGGAGAUGGAACAAGAGUUUAUUUUUUUACACAAGAUGAAUUGAAAGAUAUGUUUGAAAAGGCUGGUUUAAAAGAAAAAGAAAUAGUUGUUGACCGUCGCCUCCAAGUGAACAGAGUGCGACAAUUAAAAAUGUUUAGAGUUUGGAUUCAAUGUAAAUUUUGUAAACCUGUUGGGUCUGAAUGAAUCAAUAACACAAGAAAA